AUGUACACAUCUGACCGUUUCAUUGACGACCAGGUUCACGGCAUGAAAGGCGAUAACGUCGGGGUGUGGAUGAUCAUGCCUGGCAAUGCCUACAAGCACUCUGCUGGCGGCCCUUUAAUGAAAGACAUCAAUUCGCAAAGCACCGGCGAUCAAGAGCUCUACUGGUAUAUGAACAGCGGCCAUGUGAGGACCGAGCCUUGGCGAUUCGGGCUUCUUUGGCCUCACGCGUCUCACGCAAUGCGCUUUACAAGCAGCACUCGGCCGCCGUCAGCGGACGUUGACAUGAGCUUCUUCGACUCGUUGAACAUAGAUGGCUACGUCCCUGAUAGUGGGCGUGGAAGUGUCUCAGGCACGGCAACAGGAAUGAAAGGCAGUGCCGAAGCUGUGGUACACUGGUUCAACCAGGACGCGCAGUACUGGACAAAGGCCUCCAGGGGAAAGUUUACCUCUCCACUGAUGAAGCCCGGGACAUAUAUGACGAGGCUAUACCGGAACAAGUUUCCUGUCGCCAAUACCAGUGUGACGAUCACGGCGGGCGGAAAAGCCACACAGGAUAUCGUGGCAACCGAUUCCGAGCCGUCAGUCAUUUGGCGUAUCGGCGAGUUUGAUGGGCAACCCUCUGAGUUGAAGAAUGGCGACAAAAUUCAAAGGCUGCACCCCUCGGAUUCUCGCAUGGCAAGUCGGGGAGGCGAGUUCACUGUCGGCUCAUCCCAAACCAAAGACUUCCCCAUGGCCUUGUUCUCCAAGAUCGGAGGUAAUGCCACCGUCAACUUCGACCUGGCCCCCGACCAACUGGGUGGGGUCGUUCUGCGCAUCGGAACGACGCUUUCGUUGAAAGGUGGCAGGCCUAGUGUCAAGAUUAACGAGUGGGAAGAAGCGGAUCCAGGGGCCCCGAUAAGUUAUCAUCAUCAAGGCAAUCCCACACUCAUCGACUCUCGCGGCGUAACCCGUGGUGCCUAUCGCGGGUUCGGCGACGUGUAUAGUUGGGAAGUACCUGCGAGUGAGCUCAAGACGGGACAGAACACACUUGUGAUUGGGGUGAUUGGGAAAGGAGAUGCUGAUUUUCUGAGCGCCAACUACAUCAUCGAUGCUGUUGAGUUGCAGGGUAAAGGAGGGCCCAAGAACGACACCUCGUCAUAUACUUCUAGAUACCAGCGGCGUUUCCAAUAA